UCCUGAUUCGUUGGAGUGAGGCAGGUUUUGCGCAAGACUGCGAGAAUCGCUGAUCUUCUUAUAUUAUUCACCGGAAAUCUUGCAUUGUGGAUCAUAUGUAAAUCGGGUCUAAGCGUUACUCGAAAUCCUUCGUAGUGUGACGCUGUCAGAAGGGUACGGACGGGUUUGCCACGAAGGAUAUGGAGUUUGCAGACUGAAGAAAUAAACACGGGUUCUAGAUGUCUGACGACCUUUAUGAGAAGUUCCUUGCCCCUGAGGAACCUUUUCCUUUGCUGUCACAGCGGGGAAACCUCAGUGAAGAUGGCACACUGGAUGUUAGUGACUUUGGCUGUCAACUCUCCUCUUGUCACAGGACAGAUCCUCUGCGUCGCUUUCACAGCAACAGAUGGAACCUGACUUCGUGUGGCACCAGUGUGGCCAGCUCAGAAUGCAGCGAGGAACUCUUCUCUUCUGUGUCUGUGGGGGAUCAAGAAGACUGCUACUCUCUCCUGGACGACCAGGAGCUCACCUCUUUUGACCUCUUCCCAGAGGGCAGUGUCUGCAGUGAUGUGUCUUCUUCCAUUAGCACAUACUGGGACUGGUCAGACAGUGAAUUUGAGUGGCAGUUGCCAGGAAGUGACAUUGCCAGUGGUAGUGAUGUGCUCUCUGACAUCAUACCCAGUGUACCAAGUUCACCCUGCCUUGUUUCGAAAAGAAAGACCAAAUCUCAUGGGAACCUGGACGAAUUGCCCUGGAGCGCCAUGACCAAUGAUGAACAGGUGGAGUAUAUUGAGUACCUGAGCCGGAAAGUGAGUACUGAGAUGGGACUGCGGGAGCAACUUGACAUAAUUAAAAUAAUUGACCCGAGUGCACAGAUAUCUCCAACAGACAGCGAGUUCAUCAUUGAGCUGAACUGCCUCACGGAUGAAAAACUGAAACAGGUGAGGAACUAUAUCCGGGAGCACAGUCCGCGGCAGAGGCCCGGCAGCACGCGUGACAGCUGGAAACGGAGUGUGGCAAGCAGCGGCAGUGCCAGUGGUGUAAGUGCACACAGCAGCAGCAAUGCCAGCAUGGUGAGCAGUGCCAGCAGCAGCACCGGCUCUACAGGUUCCAACUCCUCCACGAACAUCAGCCGUGCUCACAGUGAUGGCAACCUGGCCACUGCGGCAGAGCGCAUCCGAGACUCAAAGAAACGUUCUAAGCAGAGGAAAUUGCAGCAGAAGGCUCUGCGUAAAAGGCAACUGAAAGAGCAGAGACAGGCUCGCAAGGAAAGACUCAGUGGUCUGUUCCUUAAUGAAGAGGUCCUGUCGCUCAAAGUCACUGAGGAGGAAGACCAUGGCGAUGAUGUUGAUGUCUUGAUGUGACAAGAGUGAAUUAGUCAGUGCUCCCUCUAAGCCUUGAUUCUGGCACUGUUAGUCAUCUCUCUUCUAUCACUUUAAUGAUGAAAGUCUUAAUCAGUCUGAAACAUACAAGUAACAAAAGCAAAUCUAGUACCAACAAAUUAAUCAAACAGAAAAUUCUUACCAUGUUGCAGUAAACCUCUGUUUUUGAAUGGACAUUAAAAAAAGUAUAGAGCCAUGUGUUUACAUGCCCAUGUUUAUAUAUAAAAACAAACAAACAAAAAAACUCAUCAGUUUCAUAGUUAUCAACACCCACAUUUUCAAUCACAUUUAUAUAUUUAUAUUUAGAACGUCAGGCAUAGAGGGAACACUGAAAACUAAAUUCUUACAAAGUCAUUGCCUCCAUUGUGAAUCAGUGAUACUAUGAUUUAAAAAAAUGUUUUGAUGCAUUUGCUUUUGUGUAAACAGCGUCUUGCUCGUUAUAUAAAUUCGGUUUGUGGAGUUUGACACUUCUGAUCAGUUUCUUUUGUUUUUUUUUGGUUUUUUUUUGUUUUUUUUAUUUGUUUUCUUGGAGGAAUUGCAAUGUGCUCUAAUUUAAAAAGUAUUUACUAAUGUAGGUAGCCUACAUGAUCAGGUUUUGUCUUAGUGUUAAAUAGUAGUCAUGAGGCUACUGUAAUUUUUACUCCAUCACUCCUGAUGUUUUUGCAUCUUUAUUUCUGUCAUUAUUUGUGUUUAAGCACUUAAGGAACUCAACCAAAAAUCUCAUGUCAGUAAGGAAGGUCUCCCUCUUCUUUCAUCACAUUUCAUUCUCAAAAAUGAAUCCUAAAGGUUUGAGUGUGUGAAACUCUCACCUCUCAUGGUUCCUGAGGUGCGUUUUGUUUUCUUUAACAUUUUUGUGUUGUGCAGUACAGUGCAUGUGUAGUUUCAGAUAUAGUUUCAAGUUUGCAAUGCAUUGGUAACACUAAUGGAUGGGGAAUGUUUUCUUUAUGUUGAAAAUAUUGAUCAUUUUAGUUCACUUUGUGAUGUUACUCUCAGUCUGCCCUGUGUAUGUUUGACCUUUUCAAGUCUCUUGUGCAUUAGAAACAAGAUUCUGCUAGUGCAAAUGUCACUAUUUCUUAAAUGAAAUCGCUCUUGGAAUUUUGUACUUGACCAGAUUAACUAGGUAAUUGCCUUGAGAUCUCUUGAGAUAAACCAACAGCAGCAGACAGAGAUUUCUGUAAAUACUGUACCUAAAAAAAAAGCCAUUUUUAAGCUUUGUCACAGCAAGACUAAAACUAUAUAUACAUAGUUUUCCUGAAAUCCUGCUGAAUUAAUGCUACAGUGUUUUAUAAAGCUUUGUGUCAAAGGCAUUAAAACUGUUUUUCAGUAGUGUAAAAAUAUUUUCAGUGGUGGUGCUCCACUCAGAGUGGUCUGGUUGCAGCUUGCAGAACUUAGAACUUUUAGAACUUAGACUUCAAAAAAGAAUUCUGCCAAUUUUUCAAAUUUUCUGUGUAAUUAAAUUCUUAAGUUGUAAGUGGUUUGAUAUGAAAUGUGCCCUUCUACAGAAACUUAAUCAGUCAAAAUUGUUCACAGUGGUGGUGAUAGGAUAGUUGCCUGAAGCAUUUAAUGUCACAUGAAAUGGUUGCGAAUACAUUGCCUGAUGUCUAGGAUACGGUGUUGGCCUAAAAACACCUGAAGAACUUUUUUUUGGUUGUUCUUUCUGUGUUCUGUGUUUUAAUGCUGUUUUAACACUGUCAGCAUUUAAAUAUAAAAACUUUGGAUUUUUAGCUAGCAUAUAAAAUGACAAAAUUAGCCACUCCUGGUUAUUCACUGCCACUUAAAAAAAUCUUGAGAGUCAGCAAGUUUCCCUAAAGUGCACCAUUUCACAUCAAACCACUCUGAAUGACUUGUUCUACACAUUAGUGAUUGAAUUACAUAAAGAUUUUGAAAAAUAGGUGGAAUUCCUUUUAAUCUACUUUGCUGCCCUUUGGGAUUAUGUCUAAAACAAUACUUUUUCCAAAGUACUCAAAAUGAAAUGCAUUCAUUACACCAAGAAUCUGUAUGUACAGAGUGUGAUUUAAAAUGUUUUAUCCAUGCUAAAUUGUAAUACUUUUAUGAUUAUAAUAACCUUUAAUUAUUUUCAUGCCCAAAGAGUUAAAAAGAACUAAUAUUGACCAUCAUUUUCUUCACAGCUUGUUAUAUGUCCUUUGAUGGUCUACUCCACAAUACAGAGGCAACAUGGAGGGGCUGGGCAUAGCUUUCACAGAAAUUUACAGGUGUGCAUGCAUUGCAAAACAAUGUGUACUGCAUUUUCCUGAAAAUGAAACUCUGAUAUCAAAAUGUAAUUGAUAAAGCUCCGAGGACAACACUGAUGUGUUUCUUCAUGUGCUGUAAGAGAAAGACGAGCUGCGUUUUCAUACUUACAGUGCAGUUGAGCUUUAAACAUUGUUGCAGGUCCAGCAAGAACUCAAAUAAAGAAUGGAAGCGUAU